CCAAUCGCCACAUGCUGAGAGCCCUCGCUCAAGCAGGGGGCGGAGCUUAUGAGUUCUUUGACACAAAAACUAAACACACCUGGGCUGAGAAGGUGCUGCGUCAGGUGAAGCGCAUGUCGUCUCCCGGCUGCAGCUCGAUCUCUGUGAAGUGGCAGCAGUUCAACCCCGCAGCUCCUCCUCCCGUUCAGGCGCCGAAGCAGCUGAACGCUCUCUUCAACGACCACCACACCCUGGUCUACGGCUUGGUGCCUCACUGCACGCAGGCGACUCUUGUUGGAGACCUGCGUGGUCAGGAGUUACAGACCAUGGUGUCCACCACAGAGCUGCAGAAGACCCGAGGAACGUUUCUCCACAAGCUCACAGCGAGGGCCCUGAUCAGGGACUACGAAGACGGGAGUCUGGAGACGACCGAGGCCGAACACGAGGGUAAGAAAGCAGAGCUGAAGUCCUUCAUCGUGGAGCUGAGCAAAGAGUUCUCCGUCCUGUCUCAGUUCACCAGCUUCGUGGCCAUCGAGGAGAGGGACCAGCUGCUGGAGGACGGUGUCACCGACGUCCCGAAGCUGAUCGCAGAGGAGGAUGUGGACAUCCUGCCGUACAUCAGCUGGACUUCUCCUCAGGACACUCCGAUACCAACAAUUGAAGGGGACGGUUUACUGCAAACGUGCAGUUUUGAUGAAGUUAUGAUGGACAUAGACCGUAACAACUUUGAGGAAUAUGAUGUCAGUUACUAUUGUCUGCCACAGGCAGUGUCACAACGUUUGGACAUUGAAGAUAGUUAUUUUUCUGAGGACGACAAGAUGUCGAGAAGUGAACGUGCACCCAGAUCCGUUGGUUCUGUAGCUGGAUAUCAUCCCAUUCGGAUCGCAGCUUUUGAUUCUGAUUCUGGAAACGCAGCAGCAAAAUUGAUGAGGCGUAGCCGUCGGUUUUCAAAGGAAUGUGAUGAUGUCCGUUACUAUUGUCCACCACAGGCAGGUUGGGACAGUGAAGAUAGUUCUGUUUCUGAGGAAGACCAGUCGUCAGGAAGUGAACGUUCACCCAGCGCUGCUGAAGCUCACGUCAGCGCAUGUUCGGUCCUAGACUAUGAACCUUCGGCUGAUUCUGCUCUGUCUGAUGGUUCCGCUCUCAUGGGAGGCAGAACCUUUGGCUUUUUACACAAACCUUUAGAACUGGCACUCACAGCUCGUGAACAGCCACCGAAGCCUCAAGGUUUUACAUUUGGACAUUCUGGUUCUGCUGGCCCAUGUUUUGGUUCUGCACCCGUACCUUUUGGUUCUGCACCCAGAUCCUUUGUUUCUGCAGCUGGAUAUUUUCCUCCACCACCAGAACCUGUUGCACUUGAAGAACCUGUUUCUGUUCUUCAGGCUGUGGCUUCUGACCGCAGAAGACAUCCCGCUCAGAUCGCAGCUUUUGAUUCUGAUUCUGGAAACGCAGCAGCAGAAGUGAUGAGGCGUCGCUCUCUGUCUUCAGAGAUGGUGGCUGAGAGACUCGAGAGAAAACCAUCUGCAUACGUUCGUACCAACAUUGAAAGACAAAGACGCUACAAUUUUCCGCCUCUGGAUACAGCUCUUGUGAAGCAGAAAGCGAAAGCUCCAGAAGGAGUCUUCAGCAACAUCAAGUUCGGAAAGCAACUUAAUUUCUUGGGAGGUCCGUGCAGGCCCCAGGUCUGUCGGUUCAGAGUUUCACAACUUGAAGCCCAGCAGCACAAAUGGACCCAGAUCUUCAAGCUGCAGGACUCGGACGGAUACUGGGAGCUGACCACAGAACUGGGACAGCUCAUACAUCUGAACGUAGACGUCUUCGCCAACGAGUUCCUGAGAAAGAAAGGCAUCCGUUCUCUGGGCUCGAGGGCCCACGCAGACAUCCUGAGGAUGAUCGCCACGCUCAUGGUUCUGCAGCUGAUGAGGGUGGAGCAGCUGGAGGAAGGAAAGCUGCUGAGGAACUUGUUUCACCUGGAGGAGGCCUCAGGACUCAGACCUGAACGCUGGGACCAGGUCAAGAAGGCUGUGGACUGGGUCCGCUGGGCCGACUGGCAGUAUCCUUGCAUCUGCAGCCGUCUGGAGCUGGGUCUGAGCUGGGAGUCCUGCACCCGCCAGCUGCUGGGCUUCAACAAGCUGCCCUCGUUCUCGCCUCUGACUGGGCUGGACCUGCGGGUCCACUGAGGACAGGACGCAGCUUGUACAUCAUCAGCGUUUACCUGCAGCAGAUCAUCCAGCACUGCUGACAAGUUUCACUGUGCUCAGAGUGUCCGACCAAUCAGAUCAUUGUAUUUUUACAGGAAGAUUAAACAAAAAAGCUGAGACUAAAAUAUAAUUAUCUGGUAUUUAAAAAAAACAACGUUUUGGACUAAAGAGACUUUAAAUACAACCGUCUAAAUGAUAAGAAGUUAAAAAUUACACAAACAUCACAGAUAAAAUAUUUAAAACUGAAGCUGCUGCUGUGGAUUUUCACUGUUAAGAAUUCACAUGAAAAAAAAUCAUUUUGUUUUUGUU